GAAACAAGGUGAGGAGGGAAGCAGUGCUUCGCCAGGGGAGCCAGCGGCCACGGGCGAAACACAGACCCCGCUACGGAUGAAGCGACACCCUAAGGCCGGGGUCCAACGACCCUAGCGCACACCCAAGGGCCACUAACGCACCACACACCGCCCCCGCAGCCCGGCCGGACGCGGGGGCGGCGCCAGCCGCGCGCACUGCGCUGCAGCGCUCCCUCCGCCAUUUCGCUUUUGGUGCUGGUAUCUGCCACCUCGGUCUCGGUCUAAGAGGGGUGUCAUGGGGACCCGGCGUGGAGCGGAGCUCAGGCCGCAGGGAUGCCGCGUGUUGCGAGGUACAGAAGCAAAAUGUUUAUUUUAUAAUCAGUAGGUUAUACUUCUUAAUCACUAUGGAAACACUGAUGGACGGACUAAGGCGUUUUUAUCAACUUCUGUACAUCAGCAUUCUGUCUGCAGCUUGUUGCAGCUUGCCUGACAGAUUUCACGACCUACAAAUGAAAUCUUGCAAUUUUCAGCACAUUUUGUCCUGGCAGGCAAAAGGUGAUCCAACUGUGCCAACAUACUAUCGUGUGCUGUACACUGACCGCAGGAACUGGCAGACUGCAAAACAAUGUUCAUAUAUUACACAACUCUCCUGUAAUCUGACAGAUGAUUUUAAAGAGAACUCUACUGAGUAUUCCAUAUUGGUUCAGAGCUUCAUAGGAACUGAAGUAUUCAAUUCUUCUAUACUUCAUUUUGUGCCACUUACUGACACAUUCCUGGGACCACCAGAAGUUAAUAUCAGUUCCUGUCUAAACUGCAUAAAUGUUACCAUAAAGCUGCCAACCUCUUACUUCAAAAAAAAUGAAAAGCUACUGUCUUUAAUUGAUAUAUAUAAAGAGCUUGAAUAUGUUAUAAUACUGAAAACACAUGAUAGAGAGCAUAAGAGGCCACACGAGACCACCACUGAAGAAAUUUUUACUACUGUCAUUGAAGAUUUGUAUCCAAAUAGAAAUUACUGUGUGUCUGUUAUGGUCACUGCAUCUCUAAACAAACAUUCCAUCCCAUCAGCCUGGAAAUGUAUAGCUGCAGACUCUGUGGUUCAACAAGAUUAUCAUAUGGUCACAGUCACCGGUGCUGUAUGUCUUUCACUGAUGUUAGCUGGUGCCCUGAAGUGUAUGCAGGCAGGAGGUUAUAUUCUUCAAAAAAAAACACUUCCACAUACCUUGGUAUUCAUCAGGACGUUAACCUAUUCACCUUGGACAUCUGAAUCUGAAGAAAUAGCCUCUGUAGAGAUCAUUUACAAAGAGAUUAAAAAAAAGGCAAAUGAACCCAUUGGUGGUGUCAGUGAUGAAGAUGACAGUGACAGCGAUGUCAUAAGUAAUCAUGACUAUACAAGGCGUGAUAUCAUAAGUAGAGUACCUCGCUCCUCUGACACACCUAACGUAUUCAUGCAGUACUCUAUAAAUAGUACAUGUGAUGACAGCAGAAGUCAGACAAGUGAAAAUCCAGAUGCUGAAGAUUUUGAAGAGCACGAGAUGGAUGUUGAAGAAGACAAAGACACAAGUAGUGAGUUACUUAAUCCUUUCUCUGAGGUAAAUUGUAACUAUUCUUCCAGCCAAAGAAACAGUGCUUGCUUUACCAUCAACAUAAAAACUGUGCUGUUGGCAACCUCUGAAGAGAACAUGGAUAGUUCUGCAGCUCUUCUUUCUUCCCAAGAAGAGGUAGUUGACUGGCAAUGUACUCGUGCUUUUGAAUCAAAACUCCCGGACAACACAGAAAGUGUGCAGAAAUCACACUGUCGUAACGGCUCUCAUGAAUGGCAAAAUUCAUCUCAUUCUUCUGAUGAAAGUGACUCAUCAGAUUCAGAUAUGGACCUAAAAACUGAAUACAUAAGAAGAUGAAUAAGCAAGAACCACUAUUAUCUUAUACAAAUUGGUAUUGUCCAACUUUAUUUCUGGACUCAACAUACAGAUCUUGUCUUUUUCUUUUUUAACAUUCUGUGAGUAUAUGUCUCAAUACUGAAAAUAUGCAACGCUCAUUUUUAACAAAUAUGUUUCUCAUCUCUCCAGGUUGCUCCAGGUAUUUUUCAAGUUGGAUUAUCCACAGAGAAACAAAAAUGACUGUUCAGAUGCAGCAGAAAGAGUAGUUAUUUCAUUUUGCAGUUUGAUAGUGAAUUAUACCUUUUAGCUGUUACAAAGUAAAUAUUUCCUAUAUCUCAAGUGAGAAGUUAACUUGUAGUACAGGGAGUUGUCAGUGGCUGGUCUCUCAGCCAGACUACUUUUUUUUAAUUCGAAAGGACUCUGCUAUUAUCCUUUAGCUCUGUUGAUGAAAUCUGUUUUGGUGGGUGGAUUGCUGUAUUCAAGUCAGUGAACUGCUUUCUACGUUUGUGCAGAGAAAGCUGAUCAAGUGAAAUAAUGGGGGCAGAGAUGGGAAAAAUCAGCUUACAAAAAGAGUUCUCCUUACUGUGAAUCAAGGCAUUAAGUAUACCUUUUAAUAAUUUUUUUUAUAUUUUCUGCAGUUAUUGAAUACCACAUUUUCUAAAAUCUAUUUAUGACAUUUAAGCAUUACUACAAUGUACAGUUAGAUUUUAACAUUUGUGCUUCAUAAAAAGAAAAUUUUUCAUAUCCCUGCCUGAAUUUUUACUGUGGUCCCACAUGCCUUUGAAAAGCUACAUGAGUUAGCCUGCUAAGAAUUUACUCUUUACUGGAAAGCUUUUGGUUAUCACAUAGCUUUUUUUUACCUUGCAUUGAUCUUAAGUACUACUUUUCUGCCCAUGAGCAGUUUCUGGCUGUCAUGGCUGGCAGUCAUUCUUUUGGUCAGGAUAGCUGGGAGUAAUUUCUAAGGUGCUGGAAUAUAUUCUGCUGCUGCAGUAGGUUUAAGUACCUCAUAGCUUGGAUCUUGACAAGUUAAGUAUUUGCAGAUUUAUGCAUCCAUAGAAUUAGCAGAUGAAGCUUCCGCUCACAGUGACGCUGUAACACUCUGCUGUUUGUACGGUGCAGUUGGUGUGCACCUCUCCACAGUGGCAAGAGCCAGGGGAAUCGCUCACACGUAAGCAAAGGCAGUAGGAUUGUGCCCGUCCCAGGGAAGGCCAAAACUGCCUUGUAGCCUCCUUAAGUAACAGGAGGUGACAAAUGGGCCAGAAACAAAUGUAUUAAACCCCCACAAAGAACUAGUAUUUUCAUUUGGCAACAGUAAUAGCUUGAGAAAGAACCCUUUUUCUCUGUGAAUAAUAAAACUUUAUACUGUUUUUGAUCAAACUCACUGAAUAUUCUGGUAGAAGUAAUGGCAUUGGCAUCUUUGGUGCAGGCCAGAUCCUGAAGUCAGAAGGUAAACCUUUCCUCAGGUAACAUUCCUAUUGCCUGCAGCGGGAAUUGCACUCAAGAUCAGGUUUGAUAGUGUGCGUCA